GUGAGCAUGUAUUAGAUGCAGUGGAUGCAGGAAGUUUCCAUGAUGUUUCUUUGGUGCAGCUCAUUUGUGAUCGCUCUUUGCUUCGGGGUCACUUAUGCCCAAAGUGGCCCUGCAGCAGAUCUUGUAACAUCCCUCCCAGGACUGAGUGAAACUCCAAACUUCCAGCAUUACUCGGGUUAUCUUCAGGCCGGACAAGGCAAAUACUUUCACUACUGGUUUGUGGAAUCACAGAACAAUCCAUCCACAGAUCCAGUGCUGCUGUGGCUGAAUGGAGGUCCUGGGUGCAGCUCUAUGGAGGGGUUACUGGCUGAGAAUGGGCCUUUCCACUUGAACGAUGAUGGUACAGUCUACAUAAACCCUUACAGCUGGAACCUGCUAGCUAAUGUUCUGUACCUGGAGUCUCCAGCAGGAGUGGGCUUCUCCUACUCAACCACUGGAAAUUACCAGACAAGCGACCCACAGGUGGCUGAGGAUAACUACAAUGCACUCCUAGACUUCUUCAGCAAGUUUCCCUCCUUCACCUCCAAUGACUUCUACGUAUUUGCCGAGAGUUAUGGAGGCGUCUACGCUCCCACUCUUUCAAAGCUUAUUGCCAGUGGCUCUGCUAACAUCAACUUCAAGGGCAUGGGUGUAGGGAAUGGUAUGACCAGCUAUGCAAUCAACGACAACUCCCUGGUCUACUUUGGCUACUACCAUGGCCUCAUUGGCGAGAGUUUAUGGAGUGAAAUAAAUGAGUAUUGCUGCUCCAGUGGCACCUGUACCUACUAUGGAAACACUAACACCAACUGCCAGAAUGCUGUCUAUGAUGCCCUGUAUCUGAUCCAAGACAUUGGUUUGAACAUCUAUAACCUGUACGCUCCAUGCUACGGAGGAGCACAAGCACAAAGCCGUUAUGACGCUGAUAUGUCCAACCUGUUCCGUCAUAGUGGGUUCAAAUUCCAGGCACAAGUGGAUGUAUCUGUUCCUGGUGAUCCCAAGUGUUUCAAUGGGACUGCUAUGUACGUUUGGCUGAAUAACCCCAAUGUACGAGCUGCCCUUCACAUACCCAGCACUGUGCAGUCCUGGGAGCUGUGCAGCUCCACUGUUGGCUCUCAGUAUCAGCGAACAUACAGUGACAUGACUCCAUUCUACCAGUAUCUGCUGCAGAAAAACCUCAGACUGCUGGUGUUUAAUGGAGACGUGGACAUGGCCUGCAACUUCCUCGGUGCUGAGUGGUUUGUGGAAGCUCUCAACCAAUCGGUGGUGAGCCAGUAUGCCCCAUGGUAUUAUAAUAAUCAGAUUGCUGGCUAUGUAAAGCAGUAUGAGAACAUCACUUUCCUCACUGUGAAGGGUGCUGGUCACAUGGUUCCCCAGUAUAAGCCUGCUGUUGCUCUUCAGUUGUUCAAGAAUUACCUGUCUAACACCUACUAGUUCUACAGUUCUGAUUGAUGGAGUUUUCUGUAGGGCUAACCCUGUAAUGCUAUUUGAAAAUAUUAUGAAGCAGAAAUAAUUGAGUUUCUUUUUAAAUUAAUAAUUACUUUAAUUAUGUUGUGAUAUUAACUUCAUGUCAUUGGCGUGCAUGCAAUAAAAUAAUUAAUAGUUUGUUAUUAAAUGGACAUUAUUAAUGAACCUUUAAUCCAGGACAAAAUUGCACUUUAAUCAACUUUACUUUGUCUUUGCAUGUAUUGAAAGUUUCUUUUUGGUGUUAUUGUUGUCGUUUUAGCCACAAAUCAUCAUUUUAAACAAUAAAACAAAGCAACAUAAGAAUA